AUGGGCUGCUUCUUCAAGAAGUGCAAGUGGAAGUCCUCCGAGAGGGAGGAGCGCGCGCCCACCUCGACGACGGGGGAAACCGCGACGGCAACGGGCAACGCGGGUCCCCUUGGCAACAGCAGCGAGGAGGCGCCGAAGCAGUACAGCUGGGACACGAGGGAGAAGGUGGACCCUAAGGACUACAUGCUGUCAGGGCUGCGCGGCGUGACGGCGGGCCGGCUGCCCGGCGCGCUGCGCGGCCAGCAGUUCGUGAUCCAGGACUGCGAGGACUGCGACAUCUACGUGUUCGACCACUCGGCCGCCGUCACCGUGGACGACUGCUCGCGCUGCCGCGUGUUCCUCGGCCCGGCCCGCGGCAGCGUGUUCUUCCGCAACUGCCGCGACGUCAAGUGCGCGGUGGCGUGCCAGCAGUUCCGCACGCGGGACUGCAAGAAGAUGGAGGUGUUCCUGAGCUGCGCCACGCAGCCCGUCAUCGAGUCCUCGGCCGGCGUGAAGUUCGGCUGCUUCCAGUACUUCUACCCCGAGCUGGCCUUCCACUUCAAGGACGCCGGCCUGAGCGUCUUCAACAACAACUGGAGCAACGUGCACGACUUCACGCCGGUGGCCGGCGAGAACAACUGGAGCCUCCUGCCGGAGGGCGCGGCCGUGCUGGACUCGGUGCCCACGCCGGACCCCGGCUCCGAGUUCAGGUGCGGCGUCUCCGCCGACCCUGAACGCAGCAUCGUGCCUCUGACCAAGGGCGGCCGGAGGAAGGCCAGCGAGGAGUCCUGCCUCUUCGUCUUCUUCGCCGGAGAAUACGCCACCGCCAACGCCCGCAAACUGAUCGACGAGACCUCGGCUCGGGGCUUUGUUCUGAUCCAGACCAAGGAGGUCUCCAUGAGGCCCGACGACGUGAGCCGGGUGUUCCAGACCAGUGCAGAGGACCUGGUGGACUGCGUCACUAAAGGAGCCGUCAUCGCUCUGGAGCUGAGUGGAGACGGCGUGGUGGAGGCCUGCAGGAGCAUCGCCAGAGACGUGUUCAGUGGCACGAAGGUCUUCGUCUCCGAUAACAAGAACACUUCCUCCAGAGACAUCGACAGCUUCUUCAACGCCGACAUGCAGAUGGGCCUGUGA